AGAGAGAGAGCAGAUUACAAUUAGCCUUUCUUAAAAUGGCUGCUUCCAAACUGUCAGCUGGGACAGGCGAGGAGGGCUUUUAACUCUCUGGCCCUUUCCUUUCUCCCUCACAGACCCCCCUCUUUUGCAGGAGGAGGAGGAGGAGGAGGAGGGGGUAGAGGGAAGGCCUUCUUCUCCUCCUCCUUCCCCUUGGUUUUGGGAUGCUGAGGGGCAGCAGGGGCUCUGGCUGAAGGGAACAUUUGCAGGCUCCCCUCAGCCUCAGCCUCCUUCUUCCCAAGGGCAAACCCUGCUCGGGUCCUGGGAUCUGUUGUUGUCUGGGGCGUUCUCCGGUGGGAAGGAGAGGCGACAAGGUCAGGAGGCGACGAGGGUCCAUGGAAGGAGACCAUGAGCCCUGAGAACGAGGAGGAGGAAGAAGAGGAGGAGGAAGAGGUGGUCCCCAGGAGGCUUUCUACCUGGAGGAGAAAGGAGAGGAAGGCUUGAGAGAAGAGAGCUUUGGAGAAAAAGCAGAAGAUAAAGGCUUGCUGCACCCCACUUCCCUGCCUCCUUCAACGCCCCAAAUCAUCUCUUUUUUUCUGAGGACUCCUCCAUCCCUCCCUCCCUCCAGCCUUUCCUUCAUCCCUCUCUCUCUCUUUCUUGCACCUUCCUCCUUGCUCUCUUCACCCUGACCUGGGUGAUGCUCCUGGAGUAGCAGGGAUUGCUUUCCUCCUCCUCCUUGGAUCUGCCCAAGGAACUGGGUUAAUCUGCCUUCCUCCAUCCUGGCUCCUCCUCCUUAUCAUUUUCUUCUUCAUCAUCACCUUCUUCUUUUCUGGUUGCGGAUGCCCUCUUUGGCCAAGAUGUGGGAUCCUUUGGGGAAAGCCCUGGGCAGGAUAGGAGGAGGCCCACCUGUGAUCCUGGGCCCCUCCUGGAGACCCUUCUCCUGCCCCUCUUGCUGCCCCUCUGCCUUCUUGGAGGUCAACAAUUGGCUGCUCUUUUAUGGAUUACUCUACCUGGUGCUCUAUGCCCAAGUCUCCCAGUCGACGAAGGCUUGUGAGAGGACCUCCUGCUUCUCUGGGCGAUGUGUCAAUGCCACCUGCCUCUGCGACCAGGGAUGGGUAGGAGACCAGUGCCAGCAUUGCCAAGGCAGGUUCAAGUUAACUGAAUCUUCUGGAUAUUUAACAGAUGGACCAAUAAAUUACAAAUACAAAACUAAAUGCACAUGGUUAAUUGAAGGAUAUCCUAAUUCAGUUUUAAGAUUAAGAUUUAAUCACUUUGCUACAGAAUGUAGUUGGGACCAUAUGUAUGUUUAUGAUGGAGAUUCAAUAUAUGCACCUUUAAUAGCUGUAUUUAGUGGUCUUAUAGUUCCAGAAAUACGUGGAAAUGAAACUGUACCUGAAGUAGUUACUACAUCUGGCUAUGCAUUGCUACACUUUUUUAGUGAUGCUGCUUAUAAUUUAACAGGAUUUAAUAUUUUUUACUCAAUUAAUUCAUGUCCCAAUAACUGCUCAGGGCAUGGGAAGUGUACAACAAGUAACUCAGUUCCAAGCCAAGUAUAUUGUGAAUGUGACAAGUACUGGAAAGGAGAAGCCUGUGAUAUUCCUUACUGUAAAGCUAACUGUGGAAGUCCUGAUCAUGGCUACUGUGAUUUGACUGGAGAGAAGCUGUGUGUGUGCAAUGACAGCUGGCAAGGUCCUGACUGUUCUCUGAAUGUUCCUUCUAUGGAGUCAUACUGGAUUCUGCCUAACGUGAAGCCAUUUAGUCCAUCUGUAAGCCGGGCUUCCCAUAAGGCAGUUCUACAUGGCAAGUUUAUGUGGGUGAUUGGUGGAUAUGCAUUUAAUUACAGUACUUUCCAAAUGGUAUUAAACUAUAAUUUGGAAAGCAGCAUCUGGAAUGUGGUACCUGUUUCAAAAGGGCCCCUUCAGAGAUAUGGACACACUAUUGCUUUAUAUCAGGAUGACAUUUACAUGUAUGGAGGCAAAAUUGAAACAAAUACCGGGAAUGUCACUGAUGAAUUAUGGAUUUUCAACAUACCUAGUCAGACAUGGAGUACGAAGAUUCCAGCAGUACUUGUUCACGGCCAGCAAUAUGCUGUUGAGGGUCACUCUGCACACAUAGUGGAGCUGGAUAGCAGGGAUGUUGUCAUGGUUGUGAUUUUUGGUUACUCCGUAAUAUAUGGUUACACCAGCACAGUGCAAGAGUACUAUAUCAGGUCAAAUUCUUGGCUUGUGCCAGAAACAAAAGGAGCAAUUGUGCAAGGUGGAUAUGGCCAUACCAGUGUCUAUGAUGGUACAACAAAGUCCAUUUAUGUUCAUGGAGGAUACAAAGCAUUGCCGGGUAAUAAAUAUGGAUUGGUUGAUGAUCUUUACAGAUAUGAAGUUAACACAAGGACGUGGACAAUUUUAAAAGAGAGUGGUUUUGCAAGAUAUCUCCAUUCGGCAGUCUUGAUUAGUGGAGCCAUGCUAAUUUUUGGUGGAAACACUCAUAAUGAUACUUCACUGAGUAAUGGGGCGAAGUGCUUUUCUGCUGAUUUCCUGGCCUAUGACAUUGCUUGUGAUGAAUGGAAAAUUCUUCCUAAACCUAAUCUUCAUCGGGAUGUGAACAGAUUUGGUCAUUCUGCAAUUGUCAGCAAUGGGUCCAUGUAUGUAUUUGGAGGCUUUUCAAGUAUUUUGUUGAAUGACAUUCUUGUGUAUAAACCUCCCAAUUGUGAGGCAUUCAGAGAUGAAGAGCUUUGUAAAACUGCUGGACCAGGCUUAAGGUGCUUAUGGAACAAAAAUCACUGCGUUUCAUGGGAAUCUGGACAUGCUAAUAACAUUCUUAGAGCAAAGUGUCCCAAAAAAACAGCUGCACUAGAUGACAGAUGUUACAGAUAUGCAGACUGUGCCAGCUGUACUGCCAAUACAAAUGGCUGUCAGUGGUGUGAUGACAAGAAGUGCAUUUCAGCAAAUAGCAACUGCAGUGUGUCAGUGAAAAAUUACACCAAAUGUCAUGUAAGAAAUGAACAGAUAUGUAAUAAGUUGACUAGUUGUAAAAGUUGUUCACUGAAUCUCAACUGCCAAUGGGACCAACGUCAGCAAGAAUGCCAAGCUUUGCCAGCUCAUCUGUGUGGAGAAGGAUGGAAUCAUGUUGGAGAUGCCUGCCUCCGUAUAAACUCCAGUCGCGAGAAUUAUGACAAUGCCAGACUUUACUGUUAUGGUUUAAAUGGAAUCCUUGCUUCAUUAACAACCUCGAAAGAAGUGGAAUUUGUUUUGGAUGAAAUACAGAAGUAUACGGUCCAGAAAAUAUCACCCUGGGUUGGUCUGCGCAAGAUCAAUAUUUCUUAUUGGGGAUGGGAUGAUAUGUCUCCUUUUACAAACACCACAUUGCAAUGGCUUCCUGGAGAACCAAAUGACUCUGGAUUCUGUGCCUAUCUUGAAAGGGCUGAAGUUGCAGGCCUGAAAGCAAAUCCAUGUACAGCUGUGGCUGAUGGCCUCGUAUGUGAAAAACCUGUUGUUAGUCCAAAUCAAAAUGCCAGACCAUGCAAAAAACCAUGUUCUUUAAGGACAACAUGUUCUAACUGCACAAGCAGUGGCAUGGAGUGCAUGUGGUGUAGCAGCACAAAACGAUGCGUUGACUCAAAUGCCUACAUCAUCUCCUUUCCAUAUGGACAGUGCCUAGAGUGGCAGACAACCACCUGUUCUCCUCAAAAUUGCUCGGGGUUGAGGACUUGUGGACAGUGUUUGGAACAUCCAGGUUGUGGAUGGUGCAAUGAUCCCAGUAAUACAGGCAAAGGCCAUUGUGUGGAAGGAUCUUCAAGGGGGCCAGUGAAGUCAAGUGGAUUGCAUUCUACUGAAAUGGUUCUUGACAACAAUCUCUGCCCGAAAGAGAAAAAUUAUGAAUGGUCCUUUAUCCAGUGCCCAGCUUGCCAGUGCAAUGGACAUAGUACAUGUGUAAAUGGCAAUGUUUGUGAUCAGUGCAAAAAUCUAACUACAGGAAAACAGUGUGAAACAUGUAUGCCAGGAUAUUAUGGAGAUCCAACAAAUGGAGGCCAGUGCACAGCUUGCACAUGCAGUGGACAUGCAAAUAUAUGCCAUAUGCAAACAGGAAAAUGCUUUUGCACAACGAAAGGGAUCAAAGGAGACCAGUGUCAACUUUGUGACUCUGAAAACAGGUACCUUGGUAAUCCACUCAGAGGAACAUGUUACUAUAGCUUACUGAUUGACUAUCAGUUUACCUUCAGUUUAUUACAAGAAGAUGAUCGCCAUCAUACUGCCAUAAAUUUCAUUGCAAGUCCUGAACAGUCAAACAAAAAUUUGGACAUAUCAAUUAAUGCAUCAAAUAACUUUAACCUGAAUAUCACUUGGUCCAUUGGCUCUACAGCUGGAACAAUAUCUGGAGAAGAGAUUCCUGUCAUUUCAAGGGCUAACAUCAAGGAAUACAGAGAUAGUUUUUCUUGUGAAAAGUUCAACUUUCGGAGCAACCCAAAUAUCACUUUCUAUGUAUAUGUCAGCAACUUUUCAUGGCCAAUCAAAAUACAGAUUGCAUUUUCACAACACAACACCAUCAUGGACCUGGUGCAGUUUUUUGUCACAUUUUUCAGUUGUUUCUUGUCAUUGCUGCUGGUGGCUGCUGUGGUCUGGAAAAUCAAACAAACCUGCUGGGCUUCUCGACGUAGAGAGCAACUUAUGCGGGAGCGACAGCAGAUGGCCAGCCGUCCCUUUGCUUCUGUGGAUGUAGCACUUGAAGUAGGAGCGGAGCAAACAGACUGUCUGCGAGGGCCGUUAGAGGGUUCUCCGAAACCAAUUGCCAUUGAGCCUUGCUCAGGAAACAAAGCAGCAGUACUUACUGUGUUUUUAUGCCUGCCAAGAGGAUCAUCGGGAGUCCCACCACCAGGUCAAUCAGGACUGGCGAUUGCAAGUGCCCUGAUAGACAUUUCACAACAGAAGCCCUCAGAGUGUAAAGAUAAGAGUUUGGGAGUCAGAAAUCGAAAGCAUCACCUUUCCACGCGUCAAGGGACGUGCGUCUGAAAUAAAAUGAAUGCAUUUGUAUAUUCUGUAAUGUUUUGUUUUUCUUUUUAAGAGAGCUUCCAUGGUAAGCUAAACUACAGCCUCAGUUUUUAUGGAGGCAACCUCUGGAUGGCAGUAAGAAUGAUGGUAAGCUGUACCAGUCUUGGAUGGAUUAACACCUUCUUCCCACUGUGCCCCCAAAGUAGGGCAUUCUGAAGGGCAAAUGUGAAUAUAAUGGAUGGACUUCAGGAAAAGAUUCUGAAAUCCAUUAUGGUAGACAAAUAUUUCUCCAUAUUUCUUGUUCUCCAUAUCAGGAAGGGGGGAGGGGGAAGAAACCUUGGGAAAGACUGUACAUUGUUUUAUAAUGUGGAAGGAAAUAUAUCACUGAAAAUUAAAAUACUUUUAAAGAACUCAUUAUACUGCUAGAAGUAAUGGGUUUUUCAGUUUCUCAGCUUGAGCAGCAUUAAGAAACAUACACUUAAACAAAACAGGAGCUGGCAUUAUUAGGGAUAUAAAUAUUAUUAUCAUUGCCCAGAUAUGAAGGCAGAAUUUAAACUAGUUGGUAGGCAGAUAUAACAAAAACUUAUAUUUUAAUGAGGGAAAUAUUUUAAAAAACAGAACAUGUAUAUUUCAAUGAAUAGAAAUCUGGAUUUAUGCAUAUCAAUAAUUUCUGCCUUCCAAAGGACCCUUCAGCAGUCCAAGUUGAAGCAGGAUGAAAAGUGGACUUUAAUGCUCUACUUCAUAAGAAUUCAGGAUGGGGAAUACAGGAAAGAGUGCAUGCCUGUCUCCCAUGCCAACCAACUAACUCAUUAUCGGAGCUGAUUUGAAUGUAGAAAAGCCUGUCCAACAGCCAAGACUCCUUUUUUCUUUUUAUAUCGACUGUCUGCAAAAUUUCAGGACUCUUUAUUCUGUGCAAUAUCACAUUUGAUUCUGUGUUACUACUAUAACAUUGAAGGCCAAAGUCAAGUGUAGAUUUAAGGAUGAUGAAGGCCAUUGAUUUCAAUAGACCUAAGCAUACCUAAGUUUGCAGCAAACUGUAGCCCCAGUCUCCAGUGUUUAAAUCAUUGCAGAAGAAUGUUGCCCUGACCACCACUGACCCCUUUAUCGCAGCUAUUAAAAAUCCUCCCCCUCCAAGCAACAGAAUUCAACAUUCAUCGUUUUUCAUCUCUCCUCUUAAAACAUUCACUGCACCCUAAAUCACAAACCUUUCUAAAACUCUCCAAUGGUCUGUAGGCAGUUUUGUUGCUCAGGGCUUUUGGAAUGGCUUUUCUGUACUGGGGUCACCAAAUUGCCAGAUAGCAGCCAAAAGCUAAAUGAAAAUCAUUGUCUAAAUAUUUGAAAGAAAAUAACAAACUACCAAGCAUUUCCCUACUUUAUUGUCGUUAGAUAGAACUGUGUGCAUUGCAGCCUUUCUGUCUGAGAGAAGAGUCCUCCCAUUUGCAGAAGAAGUAAUUUGCAAGAAUUAUAGUCUAGCAAAAGCAACUAUUCAUUGAUAGGAUUUUCAUUUUUCCCUACCCCUCCAAAAUAGCCCUUUGAGCAUGAGGGAAACUCCAUUCAUGGAUCCCUGGAUCCAACCGAUUAUAUUUAGUGAGGAAGACUUUUGCAGAAGGUAACAGCAGGCUAACCUCAGUGAUAGUUUGUCUCACUGGCCUUAAAUGCCGAAAACACUAAAUACAGUGAAGUGACAUUAAAGCCACUUCUUUUACACUUAGGUGUACAAUUUGGGGGUUGGGGGACUGGUCUGCACUCAGAUCUAGUUAUGGGCAGAUUACAUAGUCCAGUAGUCUUACCAGAAUGUCCUAUGAAGGGCAGAGCAGCAGAUCUUAGUUUGCAGAUUUGCCAGCAUGGGAGGUAUCCACUGAGGUAUAAACUCUUACCUGUGGUGGAGUUGUGGUAAGGAAGAUAAUUAUACAAAUAUAAAUGAUGUAAACUAUUAUACCUGCAUUUUUAUUUUCAUUUUAUUUCAGGAAGGGGGAAGACAUUUCACUGUUUACACUUUUAUUACAUAGUUACUUGCAUGCCAAGGUGGUGCAGUAGCAGUAAUAACACCCUGUUUGUGAGUUGGUAGUAUUUCUUUUGUAAUAUCAUUUGACUACUCCAUUUGGAUGAGGACUGAAUGUACAAAAAGAAGGACAUUAAAGACAUUAAAAGGAACUGCUGUACAGUACCCAGUUCCCUCUCAUCCUAAAGCAUUACAUGACAUUUUAUCAUGAUUGCUCUACUCUUUUGAUUAGUUGCACAUUGAUAAAUUGUGCUGGCAUGAUUGUUGGGAUAUUUUCACAUCUCAAAAGGAGACUAAUUCUUAUGCUAAAGUUAUGUUGUCACAGUGUGAUGAUUUUUGUUGACUGUUCUUACCUCACUUUGUUACUUGUCUAAAACAAAGGGCCCCAUUCUGUAAAGACUUAUGUGCCAGCAAGUCUAUUCAAGUUCUUCCAGAAUUAGGGCAAAAAUAAAAGGAUUCCAGUUGGAAAUUCUUGGUUAAUGAACUUUUGUAAGUCCAAUAAGGGUCUUUUUUUAAAAAAAGGAAAACCCUUCUGUCAUUGUAAUGUUAAUUUGCUUAAAGAAACAAAUGUCAUUAGGAUUGGCAUGUAUGAACAGUGAGAAGAUUAUUUGAAGAAUGACAAAUGAGAAAUAAAAGACUUGGCUGUAAAA